AUGCCUCCUGGAAAUGCUUCUCUUGUGACUGAAUUCAUUCUGGUGGGGCUCACAGACUUACCAUAUCUCCAGCUCCCCCUGUUCUGCCUGUUUCUACUCAUGUAUGUGGUCACUGUGCUGGGAAACUUAUGCUUGGUCACUCUUAUCAGGCUGAAUUCUCACCUCCACACCCCCAUGUACUUUUUCCUCUUCAAUUUGUCCUUCAUAGACCUCUGUUAUUCUUCUGUGUUUACACCCAAAAUGUUGAUUAACUUCACAUCCAAGAAGAAUAUUAUCUCCUACAUGGGGUGCAUGACCCAGCUUUACUUUUUCUGUUUUUUUGUUGUUUCUGAAUGCUAUGUGCUGACAUCCAUGGCCUAUGAUCGCUAUGUGGCCAUCUGUAACCCACUUUUGUAUAAUGUUGCCAUGUCCCCUAAUGUGUGUUCCCUCCUUAUGCUUGGUUCAUAUUUGAUGGCAUUCUCAGGUGCCAUGGCCCACACAGGAUGCAUGCUGAGACUGAUCUUCUGUGAUGCAAACACCAUCAACCAUUAUUUGUGUGACAUUCUCCCUCUGCUCCAGCUCUCCUGCACCAGCACGUAUGUGAAUGAGCUGGUGGUUUUCAUUGUGGUGGGCAUCAACAUCAUUGUGCCCAGUGUCACCGUCUUUGUGUCUUAUGGUUUCAUCCUCUCCAGCAUCCUGCGCAUAAGCUCCACUGAGGGCAGGUCCAAGGCAUUCAGUGCCUGUAGUUCCCACAUAAUUGCUGUUUCUCUCUUCUUUGGGUCAGGUGCAUUUAUGUAUCUUAAACCAUCAUCCACUGAGUCUAUGGAUGAGGGGAAAAUCUCUUCUGUCUUUUAUACCAAUGUGGUUCCCAUGAUGAACCCUUUAAUCUAUAGCUUGAGGAACAAAGAUGUUAAAAUUGCUUUGCAAAAAACCCUCAGUAGAAGAACGUUUUGA